AUGAAUCUCACUGAUUAUGCUUGCGAGACUCUGAACAUGACAAACUAUUUCAGGGUCUUCCCGAAGAGUUCUGCUAUAAGAUUUUGUUCCUGGAACUAUGAAUUUGAGUCUAAAGAGUGGAUCCAGUUCCUCAUAGAUCUGUUUGUUUUAGCAUCAGAGUGUGAAACAGAUACAGAAGAGAAUAACAUUGAACUAUUAACAUCUGUGUGCAGCUACACAUAUUUCCCUUUUGAUAAAAAUGACUUCAUUCUCAAUGUUCAGUGUAAUUUUCUGCUGGAUCUGUACUCACAUGUGAAGGACUAUGAGAGUCAAACAGGCAGGAGUGUCCUUCCAGCAUUACAGUCAAUUUAUCAGUCAUCUCCUGCAGUCUGGAUCAUAAACCUCUCAGAGAGAAAGACCUCCAUCCUCCUAGAAGUGCUGAAACUCCAAACAGAGAAGAAACCAGUAGAGCUGAUAGACUGGACAGAUGAUGAGAGUGAAGUGAGAGGAUUCAUCCAGUGUCUGCCAUACAUCUCACAACUGAGUGAUAAUCAACGAUGUGAUUUUCUGCUGGAUCUUUGCUCACAUGUGAAGGACUAUGAGAGUCAAACAGGCAGGAGUGUCCUACCAGCAUUACAGUCAAUUUAUCAGUCAUCUCCUGCAGUCUGGAUCAUAAACCUCUCAAAGAGAAAGACCUCCAUCCUCCUAGAAGUGCUGAAACUCCAAACAGAGAAGAAACCAGUAGAGCUGAUAGACUGGACAGAUGAUGAGAGUGAAGUGAGAGGAUUCAUUCAGUGUCUGCCAUACAUCUCACAACUGAGAUUUAUUAAACCACCAAAUGAAUCAUCUGAACUGUGGGAAAAAAGAAAGAGAUUAUUUAUACUGGAUUUAUGUCUUCACGCUGCUGUCUCUCAGAAAGAGACCAUAAAGACAACUGUGAAGAUGCUGCUGUCAUCUGUGUAUUAUGAUCAAUGUGAUUUUCUGUUGGAUCUGUGUUCACAUGUGAAGAACUAUGAGAGUCAAACAGGCAGGAGUGUCCUACCAGCAUUACAGUCAAUUUAUCAGUCAUCUCCUGCAGUCUGGAUCAUAAACCUCUCAGAGAGAAAGACCUCCAUCCUCCUAGAAGUGCUGAAACUCCAAACAAAGAAGAAACCAGUAGAGCUGAUAGACUGCACAGAUGAUGAGAGUGAAGUGAGAGGAUUCAUUCAGUGUCUGCCAUACAUCUCACAACUGAGAUUUACUCAUGUUUUCUUUGCGAAGAGAGAAUCUGUUGUUCAGUUUCUGAUGAAUCUGUUCACCGCAGCAUCAAAGUUUGACACAAAUACAGAAGAAAAAUACACUGAACUCUUAACAUCUGUGUGCAACUACACAACUUUCCCCUAUGAUGAUGAUGAUGAUUCUGAUUAUAAGUAUGAGCAGUGUGGUUUUCUGCUGAAUCUGUACUCACAUGUGAAGGACUAUGAGAGUCAAACAGGCAGGAGUGUCCUACCAGCAUUACAGUCAAUUUAUCACUCAGCACCUGAUGUUUGGAACAUAAACCUCUCAAAGAGAAAGACCUCCAUCCUCCUAGAAGUGCUGAAACUCCAAACAGGGAAGAAACCAGUAGAGCUGAUAGACUGCACAGAUGAUGAGAGUGAAGUGAGAGGAUUCAUUCAGUGUCUGCCAUACAUCUCACAACUGAGAUUUGAUCCAUUUUCCUGUCAGCGUGAGCCUAAAAAGUGUUUCCAGUUCCUUGUGAAUCUGUUCACUGCAGCAUCAGAUUGUGAAACAGAUACAGAAAUAAAUUACACUAAACUAUUAACAUCUGUGUGCUGCUACACAUCUUUCCCAUGUGAGGAGAGAAACCUUCAUGGUUUUCAGUUUCAUCCUGUUCAAUCUGUUUUUCUGCUGGAUCUGUGUUCACAUGUGAAGGACUAUGAGAGUCAAACAGGCAGGAGUGUCCUACCAGCAUUACAGUCAAUUUAUCAGUCAUCUCCUGCAGUCUGGAUCAUAAACCUCUCAGAGAGAAAGACCUCCAUCCUCCUAGAAGUGCUGAAACUCCAAACAGAGAAGAAACCAGUAGAGCUGAUAGACUGGACAGAUGAUGAGAGUGAAGUGAGAGGAUUCAUUCAGUGUCUGCCAUACAUCUCACUGCUGAGGAAUGCUGAGCAGUGUAUCCCAUCAGUGUGUAAAGUGUUUGGACCUAAAGUGAAUAGAGAUGAGGUGACUCCUCUGCUUCAGGCUCUGGGGUUUACAGUCACUCUGAGUGAAAAAUUACCCAGCAGCACCUGCAGAUGUGUGGGGAGAGUGUUGAGUCUCUCAUCCUCAAAACUAAACCUGACUCUAAAGCCACAAGCAAUCUCUAUCAGAGGUGUUAGACGACUCUUCAGACACAUCACACACCUACAGACACUCAGUCUUGAAGACAGAAUGUUGAUGAUGAUGAUCAAAGCACUGAGAUCAUUUUAUGGUCGUUCUUCACUGAUCAUAGAGGAACUUUCAUUGAUCACAAAAGACUCAAAACAAUAUCACUGUAGGAUUGUGAGCAGCUUAACUUCUCUUCUGAGACGACUGUCUGUCCAACGUCUGGAUCUUACUGAAUGUAAAAUAGAUGCCGUGUCUGUCACUGAUGUGUUGUGUCUUCAGGGACUCCAGACUAUCAGGUUGUCUAAAGAGACUCUUCAGCAGCUGGUUUCAGUGGUGUAUGAAGCACAGGAUGAUGAACUGACAUGCUGCUUUCUGAAGAAGGUGUCUGAAGAUCUUACUUCAUGCUCACUGACCUGGGAAGUGAUUCAGUAUCUGCUACAACAUCAACCUUUACAAUUAAAGUUAGACUUGAGGAAAAGCAAAAUCUCUUGUGAAAACAUCAGAGAACUUGUGCCUUGGCUAAGCAGAAUCCAGUUAAAAAGGUUGACCCCCAGUUUCAUUCUGUCCAUCAUUAUGGAGAUUUAUGAGAGUCGCUCUCCUCAGUUUGUGUCCAGUCUGUUGAGUUCAGCUGAGAAUGACAUCAACCUGAAGAACAAAGUGUUGAAUUCAGAUCAGUGUUCAGCUCUGUGCUUCACUCUCCAGCACUGUAACACUGUCAAACUCAAUCUGUUCUGGACCUCCAUACCAGAGGAGGAGCUAAAGAGACUUCUGCCCUUACUCAACAGAGUCACACAACUCAGUGUUGACAGACAGCUCUUACUGAAGCUGCUUCAUUGCUGCAGUUCAUCUGAUGACCAACAGGAGGCAGCAAAUCUUCUGCUCUCUGCUCUUCAGUACAGACUGGAUUUCUCCUCCUGCUCAAUUUUAGACCUGACAGUCACAGAAGAGAACCAAAACUAUUUGAACCUAACGAUGAAAGACUGUAAAAUAAUCUCAUCUGUGCUUCAGAAAUCUCAGAGUGUUGUAAAAUUGGUUUUAAAGGACUGUGAGGUCUCUGAUUCGGCAGUGAAACAACUUCUUCCAGUUCUGUCUCAGGUUCAGCUCAGCUGUGGUAAAGCUCUUCUGCUGCAGUUUAUAGCUUGUAUUACUGAAGAUACAGAGAAAGGAUCUUUGAGGUGGGUUCAGGCUCUUUCUCAAGCUUUAGGAGGUGAGGUGGACCUCAGUCACACUCAGAUGGAUCAGAGAUCUUGUGAACAGCUGUCAGUGUUUCUGGAAUAUUCUGAUGGAUUGACAGAACUGGACCUCAGUCACUGCAGACUCACUGAUCAAUACAUGAAUCCACUCUUACCACACCUGCACAAGACUCAAACUCUAGAUCUGAGUCACAACAAUAUUACUGAUGAACAAGCAAAGAAAAUACACAGCAUUGUUUCCACUCACGACAAUAUUCAGACAGUACGACUUUUUGGAAACAAAAUCAGAGACAAACAGCAGUUUACCAGAGUCAAGCAAAUCGAAAUGUGGUGAGGGCACAAUUUGUCAAACUAUUGUAAAUAGUUUGAAAAAUUAAGAAAAUCAACCACUAACAUGACUUGGUUUAGUAGUAUCAUCAUUGUUGAAUUACAUUUCUUCAUCUUUUAAAAUGGAUGUAAACUGUAUAUUAUACUGUUAUUAUAGAGCUAUGAUUAAAUACUGUAUAUUGGUUAAUAUUUUAGCAAAGAUUUCAUUAGUUGAGUAUGUAGUAGUGUAUAUACUGUAUAGGACUAUGUCAGGAUAAACGUGGUUAUAUUUUACUUGUGGUUAUGGUUAUAUUUUCUGGUAUAUCCAGUAAAGCCUACAUUUCAGUUUUAAUCUUAGUUACAAAUACAGAAAAUUAUGUAAAGAAGUUAAUUCACAUAUCUUCUUUAGGGGUGAAAAUAUAUAAAGUCAGACAUUUUUACAAAUGUGUAAAUGUUUAACGUGUUGUAUAACAAAAUUUAUUUAAUAAAUACACAAAACGUGAAUAAUUGCUUAAUAGAUUAAUAUGAUCUCAUAGUGAAUAACUGCACAUCCCUGUGGUCCUUCCAUCCUUCAUAUCUCCAAAGAGUCUUUCGUGUUGUCAGAUUUAUUAAAGACAGAACAGCCUUUCUGGUUUUUUUUCCGGAAAAAGACGAACCAUUGAAGGAGUACGGUGAGCAGUGCUAAAGAGAAACGAGUACAAGAUGAUUCUGGAAACAGGAAAGAAGACGUUUUAGUCACAAGAAUGCGUAUUGUUUAUUAAAGCAACACUAUGUAGUUUCCAUGUAAAAAUGACUUACAGCUCCUCCAUGUGGCUGAAAAGCGCAACAGUGCCUGGUAUCAGACACUCUUCUGCAGGCUGGGGGAGGGGCGGGGCUGUGUUUCCUACCCUUCACCGCCACUUUCAGAGUGUGCUUGUAGCAGCUAGGAGGCUGCUCAGGUUGCAGCAAAAGUACAAUUUGUCCAGUUAAAAGUUGUUCUAUCACUGAAAUAAUUUUAGAGACAUUAUUUAAAGGUAAAAAAUCUACAUGUUGCUUUAAAUCAGUGCUUACAAAGAAUUGGUAAACAUGAGAAUGGAAAUUGUGAUAAAUGUGGGUUAGCUGAAACUGUAGAACAUGUGCUUAUA